ACAGAUAAAUUCCGCGAGAUAAAUAAGUCUACAUCCUCGCACCUUACACAACUUUUGAAUUAUGAACUUAACAAAUUCGUAGACUAGGAACCAGAGUAGCAAAGGUUUGGGAACAGCUACCGAGCUCGAAAAAAUCCCCAGUUCUUCCCUAUCGACAGGUGAGAAAAAGGCGCAAGGCCAUCUAAGUUUGUUUACAGACCGGUCGGUGACGUGCAGAAAGGAAGACACGUGACAAGAAACCCGUAUGAGCGAUUUCUCGACACGAGUAGAAGCUAUCGCGGAAAAUCGUUAUGUCUACGAGUGUUGCGUGUUUCUUCUUACUUCUUAAACUAACGACCGCUUUCAACCUGACGUUUCACCCAUCGAGUGUGAAGAUUAUAGAAGAACAGAAAGAAUGGGUUAAUUUUAAUUCGUCGGACGAAACGUGGGAAGGAGCGAAGCUCGAGUUAAAGGUAGACGACGCAGAUAUUGCGGAUAUAACAGACAGUGUGGUGAAUUACGAGCAACUGUACGGAAAUCUUACCGUAGAAGGUAAAUUUCUCGGUCGCACCAAAGUUCGAGCGUGUCUGCACUCGAAAUGGAACAAUAACUGCCAGACGUUACCCGUAACCGUAUUAAAAAAGGAGAGGGCGGUAACAAAAGCCUUCAUAAUUUCUGUGGCUAUUAUCGUAACUCUCAGCUACGUCAAUAUGGGUUGUGCGGUCGAUCUGACCGUUGUAAAAAACGUCUUGCUGAAGCCGUUCGGCCCUAUUGUUGGAUUCUUGUGUCAAUAUCUAAUAAUGCCAUUGAUUGCCUACGGAGUUGGCCAUUUGUUGUUUAACGAUCCGGUAAUGCGGUUAGGAUUGUUUACUUUCGGUUGCAGUCCCAGUGGAGGGGCCAGCAAUAUCUGGACGGUUUUACUCAACGGAAAUCUUAAUCUCAGUUUAACUGUCACCUUCAUUAACAACGUGCUCGCCUUGGGAAUGAUGCCUUUGUGGCUGUUUACAUUAGGAAGAUCCCUGUUUGUAACAACUAACGUUAGUGGACCGUUCAGAAAUAUAUGCGUUACGCUAAUAUCUAUGAUAGUGCCAUUAGGAAUUGGCCUUUUAAUACAGAAGUUUUUCCCACGUGUGGGGAAAUUUCUCAAGAGAAUUCUUGCCAUAGUGUCGGGCGUCAUUAUAAUUUUCAUCGUGAUGUUUGGUAUCUACGCUAAUUUGUAUAUGUUCAAACUGUUCAGCUGGAAGAUCGUCGGGGCUGCAAUCAUAAAUGUUUGGACUGGAUUCGCCAUUGCUUCCGUGGCAGCUUACGCUGCCGGAUUACCCAUGGAGGAUAGAAUAGCCGUCAUGGUGGAAACGGGUAUUCAAAAUACGGGUGUCGCUUACGUUUUGUUGAAUUCUUCAUUGUCUCAACCGGAUUCAGAUAUUGCUAGCGUAGUUCCUGUAGCUGGAUCUAUCGUGACGCCCGUACCUUUAGCUUUAAUUUAUUUAUAUCAAAAACUUCGCAGUAAAAACUUCUUUGGAUUCUAUGGUUCAAAUACAAUCACUGAUGAAGAAAAGAAACAAAUUAUUCGAUCAUAAUUUAAUUCAAAUGCGAAUAAUAGUCUAUAUUAACACAUGCUCGAGGAGAAAAGACUCGUAAAUUAUAACGAAUGUUAAGAAGCCAUACAUUAUAAUUUUACAUAUUGUUGACCAGUAGCGUAUCUUGAACCGAUAUUACAACCGAGGAAUUAAAUUACAA